AUGGCGUCCGGCGCCGCCAGCCCCCGGCCGGGCCUGCCGCGCCGCGCGCGCCCGGAGGCCUCCUACUUCCGCGACACCGCGGUCCGCGUCCGCGACAUCGAGCGCGUGCUAGCCAGCACCGAGCUUGCGGGCAAACUCUUGGGCAAGAUCCGCUCCGGCGCGUUGCUGGCCGCGGACGUGCGGGCCACGCAGCUGCUCGUGCGCUCCGCGGUCAGCUGGGCGUCCAGCACGCGGCUGGACGACGCGUACCGCUUCCUCGUGGACGCGUGGCGCAUCGUGUUCCACGAGCAGCGGCACGCCGCGCCGCUCGACGCGCUCCGGCAGACGCUCCGGCAGGACGAGCCCCGCCUCGUGCACAUGAUGCUCAACCGCGGCGACUGUGCGGCGUACGACGCGCUCGUGGCGCCGCUCUACGUGGGGCGGCCGGCGUCCGUGCGGCCGUGGGCCGUCACCGCCAUGGAGACGCUCCGCCCGCGCGUGCGGGGCGGCGUGUACACGUGUGAUCGCGAGGCCAUGGUGCGGUUCCUCGACUCGCCGCAGGCGCUGCGCGCGCAGAAGCACCGCAUGGUGGCCAUGUUCGCCACCAAGGCCUUGUUGUCCUCGCGCUCGCGCGAGAACGUGCGGGCCGUGGCGCGUGCGCUCGCGGGCUUCUUUGUGCACGUCGAGGACGCGUUCCGGGUGUGUGCGCUGCCGCACUUCGCCGUCUACCGGCGCCCGUUGGCGUUGCUCGCGGCCACGGAGCCGGGCGCCACGGAGGCCGUGCGGCUCGAGCGGCUCGCGCUCCUCCACGAGGCGCUUGCCGACCGCACGUCGCCCUUGGAGCUCGCGGACUUCUUCCUGGCCGUGCUCCGGGCGUCCGCGGAGGUGGCGCCGCACACCGCGCUCCUGUGCUGGCUGUUCAAGCAGAGCGUGCUCAACGCCGGGCCGCUGCCAGGCCGCCGCAAGGACUGCCGCACCGCGCAGGACUUGGCCGGCGCCAUGCUCGCGCACAUCCAGAUGCGCGCGUACGACCAGGCCUUGGCCGUGUACGCGGCCCACGAGCUGCUCCAGGACGAGCAGCAGAUCACGCUCCUCCUCCGCGCCAGCGAGCGCAACAAGGACUGGAAGUUGCUCCAGCAGCAGUUCGAGGCCAUGUACGGCCGCGGCAACUUGCCCUACGUGGUGCACUACGCGGUGGUCAUGGGCGCGCUCGCGUCCCUCGGCGCCGCCGCCGAGGUCGAGCAGUUGUACACGCAGCUCUUGCGCCGCCAGCUCCAGCCCACGGCGCCCAUCUUCCGCGCCUUGGUUACGUGCAGCGUCAACGCCCACGACAGCGCGGCCGCCGAGAAGUGGCACGCCGAGUUCAUGGCCGCCGUGGCCGCAGGCUCCGUCGACCCCGUGCACGUGCCCGAGCUCCAGCUCCAGAUGCUCGAGGCCCGCUUGCCCCUGAUGUCCGCGCCCGCCGCGGUCGCCGAGUUCGAGCGCCUCGCGGCGCUCCACAGGGACUCCCCCGUGCCGUUCAUCGACGCCAGCACCAUCCGCACCUUGCUCCGCCACGUGCUGACGUUGUAUUCGCUUCGCGGCUUCGAGGCCGUGUGGAGCGUCGCGGAUGAGCUCGCGCUCGUCGACGACUCUGUCUACGCCGACGCGCUCGCGUUCUUGACAAAAAUGGGCCAGUUCAAGCGCGCCGACGACUUGGCCUACGCCGCGCACCUCGAGUCGCCCGUGCCCUUCCAAAACUCGCUAAUCUUGGCCGCCCAGUUGCGCAACUACCGCCAGUGGCGCAAGCAGAUCACCGACGCGGAAACGCACCAAUUGCUCUCGGAGCGCAUCCACCACAUCGUUUCCAUCGUCGACGACAACGCCUCGAGCCCCAGGCAUCUCGGCUCCCUCCUCGCCGAGGUCAUCAAGCACUUCACCAGCUUGGGCAAGCCGGAUUUGGCCCGCCCGUAUCUCGACCGCGCCAACGCGGCCAAUAUCUCGUCGGAACGUCACUUUGUGCCCUUUCUCCAGGAAUACUCGGCUAAUAGCUCCUACAACGACAACUCCGACGUCUUGAACUUGUAUCAAGAAAUGGUCUCGCGCAAGAUGACAAUCACCGCCCGCACCUACUACUACUUGUCCCGCUCGCUUCUCGUCAUCGACGUCGCCAACAAGAAAGGCCAUACCAACUCAUUGAACCUCUUGCAGUCCGUGCUCGAAAUGUACGGCUUCUCUGUCCUUCAAGAAAAGGGCACCAGCAAGGUUUCUGUGUCUCAGUUGUCUCAGAACGCCAUCCACUUGCUCCGCAUCGUCUCUGACUACGCCAUUGAGGUCUCGAUGCAUGACGAAGGAACAAUGGAUCUUUUGCUCAAUUUCUUGAAGCAGAUGCGUGAAAAGCUCGACAAGCACAUCGACUACAGCUUUCGUGUGUCGAUUCUCACCGAAAUGAGCAAGGUUUAUCGCGUUUUUGGGGACUUGCACGUGGCCAAUUCCCUUGUGGACAAUGCCUUCCGGGAAAUGGAUGAUGUGAUUGAACAGCUUCCUCAAGAAGAUCCUCUACCAAAGCUCUUGCAGCUAGAUUACAGAAAAACGAUCGACAUCAAAAUGAACAUCUUGAACCAGCGAAACGCGCCUGCGCAGGAAUAUAGAGGCCUCUUGGAGCAUGUGUCGACGCAUAACAUCCGCUUGUCUGCUUAUCAAUUGCAAAAUCUCAGCCACAGAGUAUUGAGUGGAGUUCCUCCCACAAAAGAGUCCGUGUCUUUGAUCCUCAACGUCUGUGAGCGGUUUCUCGUGGCAGGAAACUGGGCUGAGGUCAAGAUCAAUCGCUUGGUUCAGUACAUCUACCGCAUGUAUCUUGUCUACUUAGGGCGCACAAUGUCGCCCGACGCAAUAGCCGACAGAUACGCUUUAUUUAACCAACUUUAUGACGUUCAAGACGUCGAAGGGCUCCUUAGGGAGCAUCUGCAUGUCCGAAGCCCUCGCACACAGCUUGAGAGGGCGCUCAGAGACUAUCAGGCAUUAUGUCCUCGUGAAGACUGGACGCUUGAAUCGUUUUUUGAGAAGUCGGCUGAGUUCUUCACCCCGGAGCGCACGUUUGCGUCGAGAAACUUCAUCCAGCCCAACCUUUCCUCGGCGUUGGUAACAGCCAUUGAACUGGUUUGUGAUGGCGACAACACUGUGGCUUUCGAACUUUACGACGAGUAUCCAGAUACAAUGGAAUAUCUCUUGUUCUAUGUGGUUGAGCGCUACCGUGUCGUCUCAUACCGCAACGGAAUCAACAAAAUUAUUGGGCAGAGCAACGCCGAUCGUAUGGAAAGCAGGGCUGCUCGGAGACAGCUUUCUAUCGAAACAUUACAGCAUUCAUGGGGCCAAUAG